AUGAGGCCUGGAGGCUACUACUACCCGCGUGCAAGCGCCCCGUUCGGCGGAUACGGCAACGGCAAUGGCGGCGGCUUCCGCCAGGCGGGAGGCCAGCAGCCCUACCGCCCGCCGCCGCGGCCGCCCGAGCAGCGGCAGAUGACGCUGCAACAGAGGGAAGCUGUUCUGAUGGCGGCCGGCCGCCUCGCCGCGGAGUACCUCGUGGACAGAGGCGACCUGCCUCCGGACGUGCUGGAGAACCGCCCGCCGGCCCCGAUCCCGUUCCAGCAGCAAGGCCUGCCCGCGGCCCGCUUCCACCAAAGCCGCGGCCCGCCGCAGCAGCAGCACCGCCAGCCAGUGGUCGCACCGCGGCCCGCCAGCACCCGCUUCCAGCAGCGCCCGCAUCGGCGGUUCGCCGGCCCGCGCCCGUUCCAAUUCCACGGAGGCCCCGGCCCGUUCCCGAAGCGGCCGCGCCAGGGCCCGCCACGUUCGUUCCCGUACGGCCCGCGCGCGGCGGCGGCUCCUCCCAACAAGACGACGGCGGGGAGCGCCGGCCAGGGCGCGGUCGCGGCAGCGGCGGCGCCCCCCGUGGCCGCCAAGAGUGACGUGCAAGAAGACGAGGGCAGCAUGGCGGUAGACGGAGAUGCCGGCGAAUCGCAGACGACGGCGCAGCCGGGCGGUGCGACCAGCGGCGCCCCGGAGCAGGUGAACGAGCCAAGCAGCACUUCCGUUGGCGCCAACGAUAGCGAAUCAAAGUAG